CGAAAACUUUGUCUCUCUCUCUCUCUUCUUUUCUAUUCUUUACUCACUUUUAGCAUUGUUCCUUCUCAAUUGUCAACACUUUGUCAUCACAUUCACCCAUUCAUAUAAACUAUUAAAUAAAAAGUAACUUAACUAAGGACGAAAACGACGCCGACUAUCGCUACUAUCACCAUGGCCACCGAACCUACAGCAACUUCAGUUAGGGCUGCAGCUCGCCCAAAGAUUGCUGGUGGACCCGCUCCUGAGAAACCAUUCCCAAUCAGGAUGUCUGGCAUUGUCAUCAAAGGCUUUGGGCGUGGCAGUAAGGAAUUGGGUAUUCCCACAGCUAAUUUGCCAGAGGAGGCUAUCGAAGCGCAGGGGCCUGAGUUGGAGACAGGCAUCUACUAUGGUUGGGCUCAGGUCGUAGUGAGGACUAAGCCAUCAUCAUCAACAACAACAGCAGCACCGACAGCAACAUCUGAUGAGCCAUCAUCUACACCAUCAAGAUUGUCAACCUUGCCAACAGCAGCAGCAGCAGCAAUAGCAUCGUCAAUAUCAGCUUCAUCCUCUUCCUCCUCAUUAGCAACGGAUCGUCCUGCUUCUGUAUACCCUAUGGUCAUGUCUCUUGGUUGGAAUCCCUUUUACAAGAAUGAAAAGAAAUCUGCAGAGGUCCAUAUCAUGCACAACUUUCAUCGUGAUUUCUAUGGUGAUGAACUUCGUGUCAUUGUACUUGGCUACAUUCGUCCCGAAUUAGAUUAUACUACUCUUGAGGCAUUGAUCGAAGACAUCAAUAUCGAUAUUGAAGUGGCCCAUCGUUCAUUGGAGCGACCCGAUUAUGCUGCCUUCCAGCACGAUGAGAUCUUCCAACAACUCUAGACGCAUCAUCUUUGUCGUUACUGUUAGU